UAUGAAAUAAUGCAUGUUGAAUCUGUUUAGUUUUUGACUCUUGAAAAUACCCUAUUGACUGAAAAAGAGAAGGUUGAGAUCCAAAGAGAUAUAUAUUAUAUAUAACUGCAAGAGAGCAAGUGACAUGGUUUCUUAACAUUUGCGUUUGUGGGGCUACAAACUACCAAAAGAUCUUUAAUUUCUUCUCUGACCUCACCCUGCCACGCUUUGCAGAAGCAUCCGCAAGCUUUUUCAAUAGGCCAAGGUACCUUUUUCCCCUCUCACUCUCUGUCCAUCAAUUCUUUGCUGCAAACCUUUUGAGCCAUGUGAUAUACCCUCUCCUCAAAGUUGAAUAAAUCAAUACUUGAAUGUUUUAGUAGUUUGUGCUUUUACCCUCCUAGUACAAUUGAAAAAAAAAAAAAAAAACUGCUGCAUGUUAUUUCUUCUCCAAGAUUUGAGUUCCCAUGUAGAUGUCAUCAGUUAACUUAUCACAAAUCUACUGAUUUACCCGGUCCUUUUACUCUCUGUAGAAGAAGAGAAGGUAGAUAAGAUUACCGUAGGUCACAUGAAGAAGCAUGAGUAAUUAAGCUUUUUGUUUGUAUGUAUUCAUUCAUAUGGCUUUGUGAGUGGGUAAAGGAAUCUGAAAGAUUGCAAUUGCAGGUGUGGGCUUUUGGGACCAGCACAGUGGCAGAAUUGUCACAAUUCAAAGCCUGUGGGCAGCCGCAGCAGAUGAAGGACUACAGGCAACUAUAGUUAAGAGCAACAGCAAGCAAAACAAAGCGUGUCUGCCUAAGGAAAACCUAUGAGAAAACAAACCCUUACAAGAAAAAAUAAUAAUAGAGCCGCAUAUAGAAAGAGAAAAAGGAGAGAUAUUGAAAAGCAAAAAAACUGGAUUUCAGUGGGAAUCAGUAUCAACCACCAAGUCCACAUGACUCACAACAACAAAACUUGAUCAGCACACACACAUCUCAAAACCAACCUGGAUAUGUUGAAGGCAUAGCAAGAAGUUCCUACAGAAUAGAAGCAUCUACUUUGAACCAAGCCACAAAGCACUCGAAGCAUAAUAGAGGAGGAACAUUGACAAGGGUCAUGAGGAGCAGUGUAGGAGAUAUUGUUCAAGUGGAAGGAGGACACAUUGUUAGGUCCUCGGGAAGAAAAGAUCGGCACAGCAAGGUGUAUACUUCCAAAGGGCCUCGUGAUCGCCGGGUUAGACUCUCAGCACACACAGCCAUUGAGUUCUAUGACGUUCAAGACAGACUUGGCUAUGACAGACCAAGCAAGGCUGUGGACUGGCUCAUCAAGAAGGCAAAGUCUUCCAUUGACAAGCUUGCUGAGCUUCCUCCAUGGCAUCCACCUACUCAUGAUGAGGAAAAGCAGAAUGAUGCUGCAGGAUCAAGUGGAAUCGUGGCCGUUGAACAACAACAAGAAGAACAUCAUCAUCAUCAACAACAACAGUCAGAGUCUUGUGGCUACAACUUUCAGCUCCAGAGGCAACUGGGGGCCUUUAUUUCUACCCAUGUUGACACUGACCCCAUCAAUUUUCAAACCAACAACUCCUCGGAAGAUCUUGGCCUAUCUCUCCACUGUUUCCAAGACCACCCUGGCCUUAUUAAUUGGCCAUCUCAACAAGGUGCAAAUCAAGCACCUCCUUCAAAUGAACACCAAAUCCAAACCCUUUUUGCUGGCUCAACCCCAGUUGCGUUUGAGAACCAUUAUCAAAGAACUGUGACUUGGAACAAUGAAGCAACAACCGGGGAUCAUGUGAGCAGAAUGGGGUUCUUUCUCAACUCACACCCAUUUCUAGGCCAAGCUUCUGCUUCAGCUUAUGCCCAAAGUGAGACCCUUCAGUCCAGUUUUUCAUUUCCGGUGACUUCCUCUGAGCAUCAGAGGCCCCAGCCAGUUCACCAACCUUCCAUCUUUGGCAGCAGGUUUGUCUCUGAUGGGUUAGCCGGGUUCUGCAUUCCAGAUAGAAUUCAAAGUGUGGAAGAGAACCAUGGAGUUGCUUCCAAUAGGCCAUCUUCUUCUCCUAGUUCUAUCCACUGAACCCACAACAAGAACUGAACAAUGCUGUGGUCUUCAUAUCAGGAAUGUUUCUCUACCAGAUUUUGGAACCGAGUGAAGAUUAUUUAGGCACAUUGUUAUGAUCUACAAAGAUUUCCUUUCAAUUUGACUUUCCUUUUUGGUUUUAAAUUUAAUGUGAGUUCCCUUAAUUUUACCCUGCAAUCUAUAUGUAUAAUUUACAUUGAUGAAAAUGUCCUUGAACUGAAUUUGGUGGUUAUAGUC